AUGGACUCCAUUGAAGGAGACAAGGUCAUAAGCAUAAAUGUCGGAGGGACCAUUUACAUGACGACCCUGAACUUGAUUUGCAAAUACAGGAAUUCUCGUCUAUGUGAAAUUGUUUUAGAGAAACUGAAGGCUCUGCCGGACGUGGACACCCAUCACAACAGGAAGGAAAUAUUCAUAGACCGAAAUGGAAGCAGGUUCGAGUACAUUUUGGACUUCCUGCGAGACGGAGUGCUGAUAUGCGAAAAUGACAUCAACGUCUUGACGAGGAUACUAAUCGAAGCUGUUAUCAUUGGCACACUUGAGGGGGGAAAAAAAAAUAAAAUAAAAAGCAAAGCGAAAAAUAAUAGCGUUCCGAGCAUGUUAAAUAAAAUUUCCGCCAAUAUUAAGAAGCACAACGAAAUGAAAUGUUGCACUGUUAAAAAAAAAAUUGGCAACGUCCAUUUUUUGAACAAGGUAAAUUUAUUAAAUGAAUUGAAUGAAGAAGAUCAUUCUCCCAUUAAGGGGGAGAUUAACAUGAGGGGGUACACACCCUUGUCUAGUGUUCCACCGAACAGCUGCAAAGUUGAGAAAGAAAUUGUGUCUGCUAAGGAUGAGGGGGACAAAGUAAAAAAUGACGCACACGUUGAAUGUAAUAACGACAGGGAACUGAACACGCAACAUAAUUUACCAAAAAUUAUUCUUCCCAAUCCGUCUUCCCCUUCAAAAUACACCAAAACCGUUGAUUACAAUAUAACGAAUAAUUUCAUAAAUGAGGAAAACAAAUUGAAGAAUAAAAAUAAUGCCAAUGGUUCCACUCGGAUAAAUUGUUUAUUGAAAAAUAUCGAACAGAAGGGAUACCCCCCCGUCUCUCUGUCACCCAAUGGGCAUUUAAAAAAUGGGGACAGCAAAACGCUUUCCUUCGCGAAGAGCACCAGUAUUUUUAUCUACGGCAAAGAAGAUGAGAUAGCCCAGAACGGGACCAACGACCCCGUGGGCACCUCCACAGAGAGCCCCAACAAAAGCUUAUCCCCAAGCAGCAUCCCAGGUGCGAACUAUUCAGGCUACUCCAGCUUGGCGAACUAUGGCACCUGUGCGAAUUACGCCAACGCUAGCAGCGACGUCGAUAGGGCAUGUUACAAAUAUAAUAAUUAUACGUAUAACAAUGUGAACAACCCUAGGGGUCAAAUUUUAGUUCAUUCCGAAAUUGACGACAUCGAAGAAACGUCCCCCUUCCCAAUAUUGUCCAACGUCAAUUUGGGCGAGCAGAUCUUCAGCACGACGGUGGAUUUUUAG